CUUACAUGCACAUAUUCUUUCUCUCUCACUACAAAAACGGAAAUUCUCACUCCCUUCUUCUCUUUUUCUCUCCGCACUCAAAAUUUAUUAGUUUCUCUUGAGUUAAAGAAUUGAACACUAGAGAGAAAUACAAAGAGAGAUUCACAGAGGAGAGAAAACAAUGUAUAAGUCAAGGCUUCAAGAACUUUGUCAUCACAAAUUAUGGGGUUUACCUAACUAUACAUCCACAAGAGAUGGACCUGAUCACAAUCCUAGAUUCAAAGCUUCUGUAUUAAUCAAUGGCGUAUCUUUUGAUACACCUGAUUUUUGUAAAUCUUCCAAAGAAGCUCAAAAUGAAGCUGCUAAACUUGCUUAUCAUCAUUUUGCUUCUUCCGAUCCUCUUUAUCGCCCUAAAAUCAUACUCAGAGAUUCUCCUACUUCUCCGUUGUCUUCCUCACCUGCUUCUUCAACUACAAGCAAUGGGGUCAAAUCUAAUGCUUCUAGGGAAGUAGUAUUGCCACAACAAAAUCAAGAACAAAGGAAGUCUGUGAAAGAUGGAUGUGUUGUAGGUUCUUCAAGGGCACAGUCACAACCUAAUCAUGAACUAAAAAGCAAUUCUGUUAAAGGUGGAGAAGUCUCCGCUAUCAAAGAUGACUUGCAAUAUUUGCACAAGAGCCAGCUGCAAAUUUACGCUCAGAAGAGAAACCUCAGUUUGCCCAUUUAUUCUUGUGUACGUGAGGGUCCUCCUCAUAACACACACUUUAAAGCUAUUGUUACAGUUGAUGGACAAACCUUUGAGAGCCCUGAGUUUUUUCGCACACUAAAGGAAGCAGAACAUGCCGCUUCAAGAGUUGCUUUGACAUCGUUGAUGCGUGACGGUAACAGUAUUCUAGAGGAAGAGUCAGGUUUCUACAAGAACUUUUUACAGGAAUUCCUUCGGAAAGAAGGUCUUCCCUUGCCAACUUAUAAGACAAAAUCUUGUGGCUCACCUCAUCUACCAACAUUCCAGUCGACCGUGGAAGUAGGUACUGAUGUUUUUGAAGGUAUAGCAGCCAGGACCAAGAAACAGGCAGAGAUGAAUGCGGCAAAAGUUGCGUAUUCUCAUCUUAAGGAGUAUAAAUUGAAUGGAAGUACGAGCUCUCAAGCGAAGGAUGCUUUUCGGUGCAAUUCUUCUAACUCAAUCCCGUCCUUGAAUCUGGAGUUGCAACUGAAUGUCAAAUCAGAAGGUCCUCUUUCUACAUCAUCCGAGGAGCAUAAAAUAGCACAGAAAGGUAGCUGUGAGGAUGCUAAUUUGUCCAAGCCAGUCGUAGAUGAGGGACAAUUCCGUAAUCAUCCCUCAGUUGCUUCUUCCUUCAAGCCAGGUAUUACUUCAACUAUGAGGAGCAAGGAAUCUGACGAGAUAUAUGCACGUCUGCGUGAUCCAUUACCUUCAUCUCUUUCCUCAACCGGUGAUUAUGCGUCAUCGUCACUUUCACCUGAUGAUAUUGAGCAAUCAUCACUUUCCUCUGCAGAUGAUAAUGAGCCAUCAUUGUGCACCAUGGUUUCCCAGUUUGCUGAUCUAUCCACAGCUGCAUCAAAUAUGAGCACAAUGUUCCCCACUGAGAUGAGGAGUUCAUUACUGUGCAACAGAGUUAGGGUGUACCCACGAAAGCCAGACAUGGUGUUUCCGGAGGGUGUUACGGUGAUGCCCAUUAGCGAUGACCAAUGGGUUGCUGUGAGCUUGGAUAUUCCGAGCCAACAAGUAACUACUUAGAUAGUCAAGAGUCAACAUCAUGUCUUUCCUAUGGUCGAUUGCUGUGAGCUUGGUUAAAAAGAAAACAGAUCAUGAUCUUUUGCUAAAGAAUAUAGUAAUACUAACAUUUAGAGUAGCAUAUGUUAUACAAAACAGUACUUCGAUAAUUCAACACUUGAAUCUUUUUAUGGACA